AUGGUGGUGCGAUCUCUGUGGCGAUUUGCGAAGCAGAUCCACCCACUUACCUCGACAACUCUUCACAGAUCCGCCGCGACGUGUCUGUGGUGUUUUUGUGUGGUUUGUGUGGUGGUGGGGCUGGCGAUUGGGGUGGGUAACAGCUUUGCAUUGUGUUUGUAUGGUGGUGGUGAUGGUGGUUGUGGUGGCGAUUUUGUGGUGGUUGAUCUGGCGGUUGGGGUUGCUAGCAGCGUGGUGGUGAUAUGGUUGUUCUUCCACCUACUCACGUAUUUAAUCUCGUUCUCUCCCAUUUCCCAUGUACAAAAUCCUCUCUCAUCGCACAAUAUACCCAACCCAGAAAGACGGAAGAAAAAACCGGAAAGAAAGAAGACGAAACCAAAUCGUCACACAAACAAACUAGGAAGAAGGAAGAAAAAUCAAGUACCCGAUCGAAUCACUACUUCCAUAUCCACCCUAUUCACUGCAAAAGAUUUCAUAGCACAUAAUCGACAAAACACUACGACACCGUUUCGAGUUCCUAGACCAACCAUCAAUUCAGAUGUGGAGGAAAUAAGCUCAACCCAAGUGGAUCCCAAUUCGAGGAAUCGUCACGUGCGUUGGAGUGAUGCAAUGGACAGUUGUAUGAUAACUACACUUUUACAUCAGGAGUUGGUUGGUCACAAAAGGAAUGACAAUGGGUUUUCAUCAUUUCACGUUUCCAAAGCAAUUGAGAGCGUGCAUAACAGAUGUUGAGUCAUGGUCUCAGAUAAGAAUGCGAGGGUGCGAUUGAAGACUUUAAAAAAGAAUUUUUCGAAGUUCGCAAUUGUUGAGUAUGAGUGAUUUUGGGUUAGAUCCUGACACUGGACGUGCCACAGCUGAUGUUCUAGCUUGGGAGAGUUUUUGAAGGUACAAUAUGUCAUC